ACUUCCUGCACUGGGGGCUGUACAUGGGCUGUGAUUGGAGCAUUUCCUCCGGGGAAACCAGGGGCGCGAGACGGGCCUGAGGGACGGAGGGCGGGCAGGAAGCGGCCGCUCCGGACAGCUCCUCCCCAAGGGCUGGGCAGCCCGCCCGCUCGCUCUUCACGGACCAGGCCCUCUUCAGCCCACUCGCGGCGGCGGACGGCGAAGCAGGCUGUGAUGGAGGGACAAGAGGUACGUUUUGAAGAACUGCUGGAAAAAGCAAAAGCUGGGGAAAUUCAGGCACAGACAGAGGUUGGGAAAUGCUACUUGAAAUUAGCAGAAGACCAGGAUGAGGAGCUAAACAGCUGUACUGGAGUGGAGUGGUUGAUGCUUGCUGCCAAGCAUGGGCAAACGGAAGCUGCUGAUCUGUUGCAGAAAUGUUUAGCUGAAAGAAAAGGCAUCACGUCAGAGAAUGAGGAGGAAGUGAAGAGAAUAUCAUCAGAGACUGACUUAGAAAGAGCUGUAAGGAAAGCUGCCUUAGUCAUGUAUUGGAAAUUAAAUCCACAAAAGAAAAAGCAGCUGGCUGUUUCAGAGCUAUUAGAAAAUGUUGGCCAUGUUGAUGAUGAAGACAUCGAGAAGCCGCCUGGUCCAAUUCCCAAGUUUGUUCAGAAGCAACGAAGAAUGCUGGAGCGACUGGUGAGCAGUGAAGCUAAGAAAUACAUUGCCUUGGAUGAUUUUAUUGAAAUUACCAAAAAGUAUGCAAAGGGCAUCAUCCCAAGUAACUUCUUUGUACAAGAUGACGAUGAUGACGAAUUGGCAGGGAAGACUCCAGAGGAGCUCCCACUUCGACACCGGGUUAUAAAGUAUCCACUCCAUGCUAUUAUGGAAAUCAAAGAGCACCUAAUAGAAGCUGCAUCUAAAGCAGGAAUGCACUGGCUAUCCACCAUUGUUCCAACACAUCACAUCAACGCACUCAUAUUUUUCUUCAUCAUCAGCAACCUGACAAUUGACUUCUUUGCCUUUUUUAUCCCAUUAGUGAUCUUCUAUCUCUCCUUCAUUUCCAUGGUGAUUUGCACACUCAAAAUAUUCCAAGAUAGUAAAGCGUGGGAAAACUUCCGUGCCCUCACUGACCUACUGCUCCGUUUUGAACCUGAUCUGGAUAUCAAAGAAGCAGAAGUGAAUUUUGGUUGGAACCAUUUAGAGCCAUACCUUCACUUCCUGAUCUCUGUAUUCUUUGUCAUUUUUUCCUUCCCUAUAACUUGCAAGCACUGGAUACCAUGCUCAGAAUUGGCUACAGUCUCUGUUUUCUUUAUGGUGACUAGUUAUUUGAGUUUGGGCACAACUGCUGAACCAUACACACGAAGAGCUUUGUUGACAGAGGUUGCUGCAGGUUUCUUCUCCCUGUUGAAGGUUGUUCCUUUAAACCUGGGGCAGCUUGAUCUGUUAUGGAAAACAUUUUAUAGCCUCCCGAUUGGCCACUUUUUUGUACUGAACCUGAGCGUACCUUGCCUUUUGUUUUUGUAUUUGUUUUAUCUUUUCUUCAGGAUGGCACAAAUGCAGAAUUUUAAAGGUACAUACUGCUACCUGGUGCCUUACCUAGUAUGUUUCAUGUGGUGCGAACUCUCUGUGGUUAUUUUACAAGAAUCAUCUGGCAUUGGCCUAAUUCGUGCCUCAGUUGGUUACUUCUUGUUUCUGUUUGCCCUUCCUGUUCUAAUCGUAGGCAUUACAGUAAUCUGUUUCAUUCACUUUGUAAAAUGGUUCAUAAUGCAAGACCUCAUGAAGAUUGUGGUCACUCUUAUGCUACUUUCUAUUCCUUUGCUUUUCCAUUGGUGGACAAGGGCCAGAGUUUCUGCCGUUGAACUUGUGAAAUCCCUAACAAAGAGUUCAAUAGUUAAACUUAUUCUGGUAUGGUUGACAGCCAUAAUGCUUUUUUGUUGGUUUUAUGUGUACCGCUCAGAGGGAAUGAAAGUGUACAACUCCACCUUGACAUGGAAUCAGUAUGGGUUUGUGUGUGGGCCACGGGCUUGGAAAUCCACUAAUAUGGCACGCACCCAGAUUUUAUGUAGUCAUUUGGAGGGCCAUAGAGUGACUUGGACUGGAAGGUUCAAAUAUGUGAGAGUAACUGACAUUGAUAAUAGUGCUGAAUCAGCCAUAAAUAUGCUUCCGUUGUUUGUUGGUGAUUGGCUGAGAUGCUUGUAUGGUGAAACCUAUCCACCAUGUGACCCUAAAAACAUUACCUUAGAAGAAGAGGAACUCUGCCAGCUAAAGUAUCUGACAAAAUAUGACUGCCACAUGAAAAGGUUUGACCGCUAUAAAUUUGAAAUAACAGUUGGUAUGCCUUUCAAUGGUGUGAAUGGAAGUAAGCCUGUAGAGGAGGAGGAUGUAAAGAAAGACAUAGUGCUGAAAGCUAGCAAUGAGUUUAAGAAAGUCUUGCUGAACCUGAGACAAGGAAGUCUUAUUGAAUUUAGUACAAUUCUAGAAGGCCGCCUUGGCAGCAAAUGGCCUGUAUUUGAACUGAAAGCCAUCUCAUGCUUAAAUUGCAUGUCUAAACUUUCCCCUGCAGGGAGACAUGUGAAAGUAGAGCAUGACUGGCGAAGCACUGUUCACACUGCUCUCAGGUUUGUGUUUAAUUUUUUCUUUUCCCCUUUUUUGUCAGUUGCCUCCUGAGCUUGAAUUGAACUUGCACUAUCAUAACCAAAGAUAUGGCUGAAACACAACCACACAGCAGUGUUUCAAAGGAAUGUCUCUUGUUCUGAGUAUUGCACCUGAGGCACAUGCACUCUUAGUAAUUCUGCUGCAAAAAUAUGUUUUAAAAGUAGACCUCGCAUGCAUAUUACAGGCACAGAGUGAAAUGAAAGUUGAUAAAGCACUUUACUCCAGAUAAUUCACCCUUCUGCUCUUAUAAUCUUAUACUUAAUUUGCAUAAUGUAAAACUGACCUUGUGUGUGACAAUUUGUUAAUACCAGUUAGUAGUGAUCCACAGAAUACGAGGCUGGAACUUGUGGCAAGUUGGACAGCACUUCUAAGGAAGACAGGCUUUAAUUCAGCCACUGUUGUAAUUAUGAUUGGAAGUAUUCAGUUCGAUUCAAUUGUGAUAAUUUUUGUUAGAAUAGAAACUGGUUUUACACAAAAUUAUGAAUGACUAGUCUGUAGGAAUUCACCCUGGAAGUCGAUAUCUGCUGCAUGAUCUGUAUGAAUACAAACAUACAAAUUAAACAAUGAUUCAAAACCUAUGGCAUAAACCUUAGUAGUCUUAUUUGAAUACACUUUAAUCACAUAUGCAUAUACUAUUCAAGCUUCCUCACAUGUUCAUACUAUUUAACAGUAAGGCAUAGUGACAUGGAAAGGGAGUCUCACUUUCCAGUCAUCUGUUUCCCAUCCAGAAAAUGUGGGUUAUUUCAAAAUUAAUCAAAGGUAGGUUUGGAGAGCUCGUAUGUUUCUAAUAGCUUGAUACUUAUAAUGAAUAACAGUAAGUAUGAUUUUUGUGUGUGUCAGGAGCGAUUUGAGAAAGUGCAAGUCGCUUCUGGUGUGAGAAAAUUGGCUGUCUGCAAGGAUGUUGCCCAGGGGAUGUCCAGAUGUUUUGAUGUUUUUAUUAUCCUUGUGGGAGGCUUCUCUCAUAUCCCCGCAUGGAGCUGUAGCUGAUAGAGGGAGCUCAUACGUGUUCUCCCUGGUUUGGAUUCAAACUGGCAAUCUUCAGGUGAGCAAUCCAACCUUCAAGUCAUCAGUCCUGCCAGCACAAGGGUUUAACCCACUGCUCCACCGGGGGCUCCAUACUAAGUAUGAUAAAAAAUAUGAUAAAACUGAAUAUAUGCAUCAUAUUUCCCUAUUCCCCCCUACAAUUUACCCCAAUCAGCCCUACAUAUGUGGAUCUCAGACAUGUUGCCUUGCUUAAAUACAGAGCUGUUUUAUAUGUCAUUUUUGGGUCUUAGCUAUAUAUAAAAUAUGUAGUUCUAGUGUGAGAUUGUCGGUUUGAUAUAUGGAUCAAGGUACAAGUCUCUCACCUAAUGAUACAAUUUGCGAUCAAAUAAUAUGUGUGCUAUAUACUCAAUUUCAGGAAACAUUGAAGAAUAGUUUGUUGUAAUGACAAGCACCUUGUUCUUUUUGUUGAUUUUAUUGCUUUUCACUUCUUAUCUGAUAUUUACUUGCCACAUGUUUUCAGGAGCCUUCUGGAGUAUUCUACAAAAUAUCAAUUUCCAGUGGCAUAGAAACUCUUUGGUUUCAGCCAAGCUGAAAACGGAACUUUUUAGGAUAAUUUUUGCUGGUUAACAACCAUAAAUGUGAAUUUGCGGCAGUGAAUACCUGUACUAGAUACCGUCCGAUAUUUGUAUUAUUUUCAAUCCUUAACUCUGUUUUAUUAAUAAGGGGUUUUUUUUACCAAUUAAAUCAAGUGCACUAUGUCAACAAAUACACUGUUUCAGCAACUGAGAAAAAGCUAGUGCAGGGAACACCAUUAUGUACUUAUUUCCCCAUGCAGAUGUAUGUAUCAGGAUUAGUUUAAUAUCAAGUUUGUUCCUGUGAAUUAAUAGAAAAUGACAACAUGAACCACUGUUGAAGGAAUAAUAAUAAUAAUAAAGGUGUGUGCUCAACAA